AGCCGCCCUGGCUGCAGUCCCGCCCCGGAGCCGGCAGGGAGCGGAGCUGCGGAGCUGCUUGCUCUCCCGCAUCCAUCCGUCUGUUCCUGUGUCUUUCUGUCCAUCUGAGCGCACGCUGCGGGAGCAGCCACGAUAUUGAAGCCGACAGGAGUGAGCACUGUACCGAGGAGUCUCCCAGUCCCUGGAGACAAGCAUCCUGUGGUACCCAAUCUCCCCUGGACAAUAUUAUGCUUGGGUGGCAUGGCAGCAAGCACAGAUGUAGCUGGGCUACAGGAGAGUUUCCGCAAGUUUGCCAUCCAUGGUGACCCCAAGGCAAGUGGGCAAGAGAUGAACGGGAAGAACUGGGCCAAGCUGUGCAAGGACUGCAAGGUGGCUGAUGGAAAGGCUGUGACAGGGACGGACGUUGACAUCGUCUUCUCCAAAGUCAAGGGGAAGUCAGCUCGGGUCAUCAACUAUGAGGAGUUCAAGAAGGCCCUGGAAGAGCUGGCCACCAAGCGGUUCAAGGGGAAGAGCAAGGAGGAGGCCUUCGACGCUAUAUGCCAACUGGUGGCAGGCAAGGAACCAGCCAACGUGGGAGUCACUAAAGCAAAAACAGGGGGUGCUGUGGAACGGCUGACUGACACCAGCAAGUACACUGGCUCCCACAAAGAGCGCUUCGAUGAGAGCGGCAAGGGCAAGGGCAUUGCUGGACGGCAGGACAUCCUAGAUGACAGUGGCUACGUGAGUGCCUACAAGAAUGCAGGAACCUAUGAUGCCAAGGUGAAGAAGUGAGGCCUAAGAUGGCCCCAGUGCAGCUGCCCCUGCCAGGGGCUCAGGCCUGGGGUUAUGGGGUCUGUGGAGCAAGAAAGCCUGGUUCCUUCCCUGCUGGACCUGCCACCCAGAGCUUCCUGCCCAGCCCCAGAGGGCCAGCCCGUCAGGCCUCUGACCCAGACUUCUGUUCAUCCCCUUCCUCUCCUUGUUGCCUCCCGACUUCUGUCUAUCUGGGGACAGUCUAUGCCUGUAGCCUCACCAUCCCAGCCUGACCUAGGCAUGGCUGACCCCUGCCUGCUUGCCUCAUAUUUAAGCUGCUGCUCUGGCCAAGUGCCUAAUUCAUACCCAGACCUCAAUAAAGAUACCUUUUGUACCAGUA